AAGUUUGCUUCUCGACAAUGUUUGGCUUCUCGACAACAUAAAGUUUCAAAUGCUUGUGCAUAACUUAACAGAGUUAAGGUUUCUUUUCCUUGAUUAUGUGAAUAUGUCUCUAGUUGUGCCUUCUUCCUUGCUAAACUUGACUUCUUCCUUGGAGCAUUUGAGCCUUAGAGGUUGUAGGUUGCAAGGAAACUUUCCAAGCCAAGCUUUUCCGCUAAUGAAAUUGGUUUCACUCGAUCUCUCUGAUAAUGUUGGUUUGCAUCUUGACAACAUAAACUUUCAAAUGCUUGUGCAUAACUUAACAGAAUUAAGGUUUCUUAUCCUUGAUUAUGUCAACAUGUCUCUGGUUGUGCCUUCUUCCUUGCUAAACUCCACUUCUUCCUUAGAACAUUUGAGCCUUAAGUAUUGUAAUUUGCAAGGAAACUUUCCAAACCAAGUUUUUCAGCUUCCAUCUCUCCAGCUUCUUAAUCUAAGCUACAACUUUGAUUUAGGAGGUAAUAUGCCCGAGUCAAACCAGAGUGGUACCCUCGAGUAUUUGAAUCUUGCAAAGACAAACUUCUCAGGAGAGUUGCCUCAUUCAAUUGUAAAUCUUAAACUCCUAAAGGAAUUGAACCUCUAUCACUGUCAAUUUUAUGGAUCAAUUCCUAGAUCUCUUGCAAAUCUUACAGAGAUAACUCAACUCGAUUUUUCUUUCAACCAUUUGCGAGGGCAAAUACCAGAUGUUUUUGGAAAAAUGCACAAGCUAACUGAUUUGCACUUAGAUGCAAACAAUUUUGUUGGUGAAAUUCCUGCAUCAAUCUUCAACCUCACUUAUCUUACUAUUUUGUCACUAUCAUCAAAUAAGCUAUUAGGUCGUGUACCAUCUUUGUUGUUUUCUCUGCCUUCUUUAGCCUAUUUAGACCUUAGAAACAAUAGACUUACCAGACCUAUUGAUCAUGUUGAGAUGCCUAACCUCAUUUUACAAGAAGUCUAUUUGUCCGAUAAUGAGAUAAGUGGUUCAAUUCCAAGCUUCUUCUUUGAUCUUGUGCACCUUACUACACUCCACCUUUCUUCAAAUAACUUCAUUGGCACUAUUACACCCGACAUGCUUUCGAAGCUUGUAGACCUUGAAGAUCUUGAUCUUUCCAAUAAUAGUUUGCUAUCUUUAAGCACUGAUGGCAUUGCUGCCAAUUAUUCCUUUCCGAACCUUUGGUCCUUAAAAUUCUCUUCUUGCAACAUAUACAAGUUCCCAAGUUUCUUAAGGAAGGCAAAGAGAUUGGAAGUAUUGGAUAUUUCCAAGAACAAGGUUUCUGGUCAAAUUCACAAAUGGGAAAUAGAAGGGAUGUUGUCAUUGUACAAUUUAAACCUUUCUUAUAACGUCUUGACUGGUAUAGAUUUAUUUGGCUUUGGAAAUCUUGAAAGUGUUGACCUCACAUCCAACUUACUACAGGGAUCACUUCCUAUUCUAUCAACAACUUGGGGUCCUAUGCAACAACUCCUCUUUUCAGGGAAUAAUUUGACUGGAGAAAUCCCUCCUUAUUGUAAUUUUACUUCUCUUUAUAUUCUAGUCUUAACUAAUAAUAGUUUGGGAGGAAAAAUUCCCAAAUGUCUUGGAAACUUGAGUGAUCUCAGCAUCUUGGAUCUGCGGAUGAAUAAGUUCCAUGAUGUGGGGAACAACAACUUGAAUGAUACCUUUCCAUACUGGUUAGGUGUUCUUCCAUCGCUAAAAGUUCUCAUCCUUCGAUCUAAUCGAUUUCAUGGUGCCAUCAGCAAUUCUAUGCCUGCAUUUUACUUCCCUCAAUUGAGAAUCAUUGAUGUUGCACAGAAUGAUUUUAUGGGUCUCCUACCGAGUAACUAUUUCAAAAUGUUGAAAAGCAUGAGAGAUGUGGCUCCAGACGAUAAAGUCAAAUUGGAAUACAUUGAUAUUAAGUAUACCAAAUGUUUAGCCAAUGGAGGUAGAAGAAUUUGCCCACUUCUUAGGGAUCCUUAUAAGGAUUCUGUGAAGGUAGUAAUGAAAGGGUUUGAGGUGGAGCUUGUAAGGAUUUUGGAAAUUUUCACAACUAUAGAUUUCUCGAGCAAUCAAUUUCAUGGACAGAUUCCUGACGAGCUAGGAGAACUCAAUUCACUUUUAUUGCUAAACUUAUCUCACAAUAGUCUCAAUGGUCAAAUCCCGUCAUCAUUGGGGAAAUUAGCAGAACUCGAGUCAUUGGAUCUCUCAUCAAACAAGCUUGAAGGCAGGAUUCCAGAGCAAUUGACAAAGCUGACGUUCCUAUCAGUUUUGAAUCUUUCACACAAUGAACUUAUGGGCCACAUACCUGAAGGGAAGCAGUUCAGUACUUUCUCAAAUGAUUCCUACAUUGGGAACUCUGGGUUGUGUGGAUUCCCAUUGACAAAGAAAUGUGAAGAACCAAGACCACCUUCACCACCAUUUGAUGAAAAAGAUGACUCUACAGCAGUCUUUGAGUGGAAGUUUGCAUUGGCAGGCUAUGGGUGGGGUGUGGACUGGUGUUGGGACUUAGUCUGGGAUACAUUGCCUUCACUACAGGAAAACCAUGGUGGUGCAAGCAGGUGCGGUUGAUUUCCUACUUCCGGGCAGAUCUGGCAACAGUUGCUUCUUGAGCUUGUUUCCAUCUUUUUCAUGUUCAUUGUUGAUAUAUAGUUGUAUUGACUUGUGUGGGAAUUAUGGUUAUGUAUGAAUUUGUGUUGAUUUCUUUUGGAUUUGAUCUAUCUGCUCUACACGCAGUUCUCGUGUAUUUUGUUACUGUAAUUUGACCCUUCUGUGAUUUUUGCCAAUCAAUCUCUUCAUAUCAUAUUUUAUCCUCUUCUUUUGGUUUGGUUGCCUUUGAACGGUGCGUUUCACUGAAUAAAAAUGAAAAUUUCUU